AUGGCCAGUCCUCCUUCAUCCCUAGGCAUUCGCUUACCUGCCCUAUCCAUAGCUAUGUUCCCAGGCUGGCUGGCUCUCAUCUUCUUGUCUGUGCUGAGCUUGGAUACCCAGGCCUUCAACAGCAAGCUUGUCAAGUGCUUUGAGGAUCCGCAGUAUGAAGAGCUGCUGCAGCUGGCUCGAAAUGGACUGGGACAGACAGCCGAGAGGAAGCAAGUGGUGGUGAUUGGGGCAGGCAUGGCUGGGCUCACUGCUGCCAAGGUCUUGCAGGAUGCCGGCCACCAGGUGACCGUGCUGGAGGCCUCAGGGCGGGUAGGUGGCAGAAUCGAGACUCACCGAGUUCCUGGAGCACACUGGUAUAUAGAGCUGGGUGCCAUGAGGAUCCCUAUCAAUCACAGGCUUUCUCAUGAGCUCAUCAAAAAAUUUGGCCUGAUGCUAAAGGAAUUCUGCCCUUGCAACAACCAGACCUGGGUGCUGGUCAACGGAGUUCGGCAGCGCUCGGGGGCAGUGCAGGCCGACCCUAGCCUGCUGGGUUACUCUGUGAGAGCUGACGAGGUGGGGAAGACGGCAGAACAGCUCUUUGAUGCUUCACUGAGAAAGAUCGUGGAAGAGCUGAAGAACAGCAGCUGCCAGGAGGUCCUGGAGAAGUAUGACUCCUUCUCCACCAAGGAGUACCUGAUCAAGGUGGGGAACCUGAGCCGAGGGGCCGUGCAGAUGAUCGGGGACAUGCUGAACACAGACUCCGGUUACUAUGAGGCCUUUACAGAGACCCUGCGUGGCAUCAUCUCCUUUUUCCAAGAGCCCCGGGACUGUGGCCUCAGCCCUGCUUCAAGGGACACUGGUCAUCUUUCAGCCCGGGGAAGACUGGGCCGCAGGGAUGUAAACCCAAGACUCCCGUCACCACUGGUCACCAACCAUGUGAUCUGUAGCUAUAAAGAUAAAAGGGCGCCAGGGACGGAGUCAUUAUCCAGUUCAGGCAGCCUGUUCUCCAAAGGGCCUGUCCAUCAACCCACUCAUCUCCUUCUCUGCCGGUUCAUUCUCAGGUUCGAUGAAAUCGUUGGAGGCUUUGACCAACUCCCCCAGGCCCUGCACAAUUCUCUCCUCCCAGGGACUGUCUGGUUCUAUUCACCAGCGGAGGAAGUGGAGAUGUCUGGAGACUGUGUUCACGUCACCUACAGGACCCCUGACCCUCUGCAGCCCAGGGCGCGGUUGACUGCGGAUUUUGUGGUGGUGGCCACCACUGCUAAGGCUGCCCGCCUCCUUCGAUUCCAGCCACCGCUCUCUCUCAGCAAGCAGGAUGCUCUGCGCUCCGUCCACUACAAUAGUGCCACCAAAGUGAUCCUGGCCUGCACACAGCGUUUCUGGGAACGAGACGGCAUUUCCAGUGGCAAAUCUAGCACCGACCGACCUUCCCGUUUCGUCUACUAUCCCAACCACAUCUUCCCCAAUGGUGCGGGGGUCGUCCUGGCAUCUUACACCCUAGAUGAUGACUCUGUGUUCUUCACAGCCCUGGACCACACUCGGGUAGUGGAUAUUGUUCUGGAUGACCUAGCUGCUCUUCACAACCGUGCCAAAGAAGAGCUCCGUGCUCUCUGUCCUUAUUCUGCCAUCAAGAACUGGAGUCAAGACCCUUAUUCCAUGGGUGGCUUUGCCUUCUUCACCCCUUACCAAUAUGUGGACUAUGCCCAGGAACUCAGUCAGCCGGAAGGGCUGGUCUUCUUCGCAGGGGAGCACACAGAUCUGCCUCAUGGCUGGAUCGACACUGCUAUCAAGUCAGGACUCAGGGUGGCAAAGAACAUUCAGGAAUCUGUGGACUUGGCUUUGACAAGGAACCCCAGAAAUACAAAAGAAUACUUCUCCAAAAGUGAACUGUAAGCGACUAUAUGGGUCUCAGGAACUAGGGGGAAUUCCAAAAAAGUUUGUCCAUUAGGAGACAAUGCAAAACCUACUCUCACUUCGCUCUGAGACUUGACCUGAGGCCCACAACUGGAGACCUAAGGUGACUGACUGCCUGUGACCUUGGAUUUAUGACAGGAGCUCAGCAAGAACUUGUGGCAUAGAGAUUAUAAACAAUAAAGUUGACU